GCACCAAGCUGACCGCGCGAGGAAGAAACACAUCACACCCUAAGCUCCUAAUCCAAAAAUAUUUUACUCCCUCUUUCUCUCUCCCUGUCUGCUCCCCUUUCUCCUCCCCUCGCCGUCAGGGAGCUUCGCCGCCGCCGCCGCCGCCGCAGCUCCGUCUCUUCGCCGCGGACGCAGCUGUGACUUUAGACAAUUGUUGGAACAUCAAGUGCCGAUGGCUGGUGCCGACAUAAUUGAUGAUUCUGCUGCGAGCAGCAGUGGGUUGGGUGAUGAGGAUCGCGGUGUCUCUGGUGAUUCGCUUUCUGUGUGGCGAUCCUGCGAGCAGCUUGAUAAUGGGAUCCCAUCAACUUCCCCUCCCUUUUGGGACACCGAUGGCGAUGAUGAUGAUCCUGGGACCAGACCUUUGGAUUUAUUUGGGCAAUAUACUUGGAGAAUAGAAAACUUUUCAAAGGAGAAGAAGAGAGAAAUGAAAAGCGAACCUUUUGAAGCUGGUGGUUACAAGUGGUAUAUUCUAGUUUACCCUCAAGGAUGUGAUGUCUCCAACCACUUGUCAUUGUUUCUUUGUGUUGCUAAUCAUGAAAAACUCCUCCCAGGAUGGAGCCAUUCUGCACAAUUUACUAUAGCCGUGGGCAACCUUGAUCCAAAAAAAAAUAAAUAUUCAGACACCUUACACAGAUUCUGGAAGAAGGAACAUGAUUGGGGAUGGAAAAAGUUUAUGGAGUUGUCAAAGAUUCAAGAUGGUUUUCUUGUUGACGAUGUUCUUGAAAUCAUAGCUCAAGUUCAAGUUAUCAGAGAGAAAGCGGACAGACCAUUUUGCUGUCUUGAUCGCCCUUAUCGUCGAGAGUUGCUCCGUGUAUACAUGACAAACAUAGAGCAGAUUUACCGACGCUUUGUUGAAGAACGCAGACGUAAACUUAUCAGGCUCAUUGAUGAUAAAUGGAAGUGGUCCAGUUUCCGUGCUUUCUGGCUUGCCAUUGACCCAACAACAAAACACCGCAUGUCCAGAGAGAAGAGCGACAUCAUACUGAAAAUGGUGGUGAAGCAUUUUUUCCUUGAGAAAGAAGUCACCUCAACAUUAGUUAUGGACACUCUGUAUACUGGUUUGAAGGCACUAGAGGGCCAUAGCAAUGGCAAGAAAGGAACAGUAACAUCAAUGGACCUGGAGGACCUUCCAGCACCUAUGGUCCAUGUUGAUAUGGACAUGUUCGUUUUGGCUGGUGAUUUCUUAUCAGUGCUUGAGAGAGCAGCUUUAGAGCCAUUGCCUUGCCUGUCUCUGUCAUCAAAAGACGACAAAUGUUCCCAAAGCCGUGCUAAGGAUGGUGGUUCUGGAGAAGUUAACAAAGUUCCUAUUGAGCGUGAAGAAAGGCGCCUAACUGUGUUUGGUCAGAAGAUAAUUGAAACAUUUGUGCUGUCUCAUAUAUUUAGUGGGGUUGAGGUUGCCUAUAAAGAAGAUGUUGCUUUGAAGAGACAAGAAGAGCUUAUUCGUGAAGAGGAACUCCUAGAAAAUGAGAAGGGGAAGCGGGGCAGUGCCAUUGAGAAGGAUAAGCGUGCUAAGAAAAAACAGGCCAAACAAAAGAAGAACAGUCGUAAGGUUAAGGACAAGGAAAGAGUGGAGAAAUCUGAUUCAAAUUUUCUAGAAAGGGGUCAAGAUGGAAGCACAAAUCAUGAUAGGGAAAACUCCAAGCAUGCCGGACUGUUGGCUGCAAAACCUGACAACUCUGGAGAUGGUGCUUCAGAUAUGUCAGACAAUGUAGAUGGAUCAAUUGAGGUAUGCCAAACUGACACGUGUGACAAGAUUACUCAACAUGUGAAUGCAAUGAAUGAUGUUGGCAGAGAGAUGAAAAAUGUGCAGGCAUGCGAGAAGGAAACUGUGGACAUUGAGUCACUGGUAACAUCUGUAUCUGCAAGUGUGAGCAGCAUACGAGGCAAAAUAAAUAACUUGCUAGACAGCACAAGCCAUAUUACUAGAGGGAGAUGUCGGCGCAACAGGGUCAUUAGCAGUAUAAUCGCUUCCCAAUAUGAAGAUGAUCUUCCCUCAUCUAGCUGUUCAGAUCGCAAUACAUAUGGUUGUGGCCCAGCUCCAAGGCGUGACCAAGAGACUGCUUUACUCACCUUAAAAGAUAGGCUUCGUGAGCUUGGGCAACGACUACAUGAGAAGGAAAUUGAGGGCAGGGAACUACUUAAGGCCCAUUUGGAAAAGAAGGCAGCUGCUGAGGCAGCAGCAGGUUCAUCCUCAUCUGACUCCUUGGAAAAGACUCCUAAGGUUCGGAAGGGCCCAGUGCAAUCCUUGGUAACUGUUAAUGAUGGAAAUAGUAAUGCACCAGCUUUAAAGUCUUUACCUGUACCCACAAGUGGUGACAGUAAUGGAGCUGUUCCAGCAACAGCAACAUCCACCAUAAACACCAAAUCUGUGCCAACUCCAAGUAAAAUUGAGCCAAUAUUGUGUGAAGAACAUGCAUCAAGUUCAAGCCAGAAAAUUGAGAGCGCUACGUUGAUGCCUUCGAGAUCACCGCCAGUUGAUAAAGCUAUUCCAACUCCCCCGCAAUCACCUCUGCCACAGGCUGAUACAGUUGGUAAAGCUACUCCAGCUCGACCAAAAUCACCUCUUCCACAGGUUGGUACAGUUUCUAAAGCAACUCCAGCGACCACAAAAUCUUCUACAUCACAGCUCGAUAAAGUUGCUAUAUCAGCUGCCCCCAAAUCACCUGCAACCCAGGUUGAUACAAUUUCGCAGCAUAACUCAGUAUCGCAACAGAUUCCAUCCACAUCUAUCUCAAAAGCUCGAGAAGAUACAGUUUCUGAGAGGGUUGUAGCCACUUCUGUACCCAGAACCGAAACUCCUAAGCCAUCAUCAUGGCCUACAAGUGCUCCCCCGUUCCAGUCACCAAGUUCAACACCACCUACACCAUCAGUCCAAGUUUCUCCAUUGCUUUCACACUCAUUGACUGUUUCUGAGCGACUGAAUGACGAGUCUUCCCCUUCUGCACGAAUUAUAUCACAGGCCUACAGAAAUGCUUUCCUUGGUAAGGGUAGUCUGAAUACAACAUCAUCAAGUCAUGAGCAAUUAACUUCUAUAGGCCAAUAUACUGCAGUUUCACAGCCAUUGUCAGCAUAUGCAUUAGCAACAUCUGUCAUGGCGGCUCCUGCUGAAAGGAAUGAGCAAUUACCAGGAAAGCAAAGCUACAUGUUUGGGCCUAGCAAGUCAGAAGGUCUUGAUAACUGGCACUUGAGGAAAGGAAAUAGUGACAUCAACGAACAUACGUGGAAAGAUGAUAUUCCUAACCCGCAAAUAACCAAUUGCAAUGUGCGUGUGCACCCUGUGAAAGAUAUUUCUUAUCAGCAAUUGAGCAGCAGCACAAUAGAACAGGGCAGAUUGGGUGGACUACAAUAUAGGCAAUUCCAGAGUGAGAUGCCUGCAAGUUAUGUUUCAUACCAGCAGCAGGGGCCAGUGGGUGAAGAAUUCCCUCACAUUGAUAUUAUCAAUGACUUGCUUGAUGAAGAUCAAAGCAGUGCGUGUAUGGCUACCUCUCCACUCCAUGAAUAUCAUACGUUUGGCUUGCCAUUUUCUACAGGAGGCAAUAUGGCAGACUCUGAAAUGGCUUCUGUAAGUAGUUCUGGCCGGUUUAACUCGACCGACCAUUACUACGAUGAAAGUUACUGGAGGGCCUAUGACACACAGAAUGCUAUGCAUAGGUUGAGAGAUGGGCAACUUUCCACAUUGGAUUUUUACUCCAAUGGAAGGUUGGACACAACUGCCCCAAAGCCUUGGCCAUAUAGCCAUUCAAGUCCAGCAGUGAACCAUGGAAUUAAUUCUAAUGCAUUCCCACAGAGGAUGGGGGACUAUACUAAUUUAGCAAGUGGGAGGGUGAAUGGGGAAUACCCAGAAUAUCUCUCUCGCCGUGCCAACAGGCAAUGGUGAUGCCUCUAUACAAAUAUACAAUCAGUAAUAACGCUUGUUGUAACUGACUAUGGUGCCAAUCUAAAGGUUUGCCACGGCCUUUAAUUUGUUUUUUUUCUUAAAGUUCAAAAUGGCAAAGAAAGGAUACAUCAUGUAACGUGUUAUCUGCAAAGUCAAUCACUAUAUUGCUUGUAUA